AUGAUUAUGAUAUUUUUACUUCUUAUUGUGUUUUCUCAUGGAAUUGAUAUCUUCAUUUCUACAGAGGGACAAGAUUAUUAUGACGGUUCUUAUAACAAACCUUAUAGAACAGUGCAAGCUGCCAUUGAUUCAUUUACAAAAAAAGAGUUACCAACAGAAGGAGUUACUUUUAAAUUGUCUCCAGGAUAUCAUAAAAUGAUAAAUAAAACACUAACUAUCACACUUAACAAUUUGAACAACACAAACAAUGUCCCUCUUAAGUUUACAAACACUUUUCCAAAUAAAAAAGCCACUUUAGUUGGAGGAACCCAAAUCCCAUUUGCAGCCUUCAGAAAAUUAGACGAACAAAAAGACUCAAAGCAGUUCAACAAAAUACAAGAAAGUGUCCGUUCGCAAGUGCAAGUUUGUGAUUUGAACACUUUAGACGACAAAAUCAAUUUGAUUGACUUAGCUGAACUGAAGACAACUGAACUUUUUGUUGAUGACAGUAGAAUGAAGAUAGCGCGAUAUCCAAAUAAAGAUGUCACUUCAAAUGAUAACAAGACAGACUCCAUAUAUGUGGUAAAAGGAACGUUCUCUCCAGAUGUUUCUGGUUAUUAUCGAACGUCUUCAAAACGAUGUGAUGGGGAAAUGGUAUACCAAAAGACAGUUGCUGUCAAUAGUAAAACUUAUUAUAUUUACACGACAAAUGGAACUUAUUACCUAUCAACAAGAAGUGAUUGUAAAGUACCAGUAAUUACAGAUGGCGCUUCUUGGAGCUCGAAGAGAGACUCUUUAGCUGGAAAUAUUAGUCCAUUGGCAAAUUCAGGAGCAAGUGGCAUUGUCAAUAUACCAGAUGAGGGAUACAUAUACAGAGGAUUCAUGUUUACUGCUUUUGCAGAUACAACAACAACAGAUACAAAGGAGUUUGGGUAUAACAACGACCGAAUUAAUAACUGGAAAUACACCAAAAAUAUGUGGGUGAAGGGGUAUUUCAAGUAUAUGUGGGCGGACAACACUGCUCAGAUUGUUAGUAUUGAUACAACAAAGCGAACCAUCACACUUGAUAAGAAAGCAACAUAUGGGAUAUUCCCCGAAAAGCCAUUCUUUGUGUAUAAUUUGAUUGAAGAAUUGGAUGAAGAAGGUGAAUAUUAUAUAGAUAGAGAAGACAUGAAGAUAUAUGUUAUAUUUUAUGGACAUCCCAAAGAAAUUUGGAUAUCACAUUCAAUAAAGGAAGCACUCAAAAUCGAUAAAGUUGGGAAUGUCGAAUUGACUAAUUUGGAUUUCAAAUACUUUCCUUGUGGUAUUGGAAAUGUUAACAGUGACAAUGUGAAAAUCAGUGGGUGUACAUUCUCACACUCAAGUGACAUUGGAAUUGAAUUUUAUGGGAAAAAUCAUAUGAUUGUUAAUAACACAUUCCUCGACUUUUCGGCAACAAUUUUGUCAAUAAAUUGUGGGGUGAGAGCAACUCUUGAAUACGGGAAUUGCAUUGUGAAAGAUAACACAUUUUCUGUGUUUUCACAAGGACAUUACACGUACAAACCUGCCAUAAUACUCAACGGAGUUGGUAAUAAAGCGACUCAUAAUUAUAUUGAAGACAGUCCACAUGAAGCAAUUAAGUACAGUGGUAAUGAAAAUGAGAUCAGUUACAAUAUAAUAAAAAACGUGUGUUUAUAUGCAAGUGAUGCAGGUGCAAUAUACUCUGGACGCAGAUGGGAUUACAGAGGCAAUGUAAUUAAAUACAAUCGAAUAUACAACUUGACUGGAUGGGGGAAAUCAAAUUCGUAUGUGCAAGGGAUAUACAUGGAUGGGAUAUUAGCUGGUGACAAAGUGUAUGGCAACAUCUUAAACAAGAUCAAUGGGAAAUGUAUAUUACAUGGAGGUGGACGUGAUGUUGAAGUAACAAAUAACAUUAUGUACGAUUGUUAUGUGGCAUUUUUGGAAUACAAUGGAGGGCCUACUUAUUAUUCAACAAAGAGUGGAGACUCAUGGAAUCUGCUUGAAAGGUGCAGUGAUGAAAAUGUGAAUAGACUUGUAGAUCCAUGGAAGAGUAGAUAUCCAUUGUUGUAUAAAAUACCAAACGACAACAAUAGAAUUAUUAAUGAAAAGAAUUGGCUACAACCAGAGAACACAGUGGUCGAUUGUAACGUUAUAUAUAAAACAGUUAAAACUGAUUUUGAAGGUAACAAUUUACUCUAUGACUAUUUCAAAACAUUCAAUGAUCAUAAAUACAAUUCAAGCAUUGACCCAUUAUUCGUAGACCCCGAAAAUCAAAAUUUCAAACUGAAAGAACACUCCCCUGUUUAUGAUAUGGGUUGUUGGAAGGAAAUUCCCUAUGACGAAAUUGGGAUCACAAAGAGUGGUGCUUCAAGUGUUGGACAUUUGGUUCUUAUCUUCACAGUAAUAUUUAUAAUUAUUUAG